AAGCGUGCCGCGCUCGCGUACGAACGCGCCGUUCCUCGGCCCGACGGCGAUGGUCCUACCCGCGUGCGGCUAACGGCACUGACAGUUCUCGCACGAGUCCGCUGGAGCGCGGAUCCACCGACGCGACAACCGCGUCGAAUGGGGACCGGUCGGUCGCUCUUGGUCGCGCGAUGAGCUGCGAGUGACCCUCCGCGCGUGACACCCGCCGCAAGUGCGAGCCACUCAUCGAGGACGGGGUCCUCCGCGAAGAGGCCGAGGGAGAGACAUGCCGAGGUGUCGACGAGGAGCGACCGCCCCGCGCGGCCAGGUCCUCCUCUUGCGCCUGCUGCUGCUCUGCGCGCUUGUCGCCGCCGCUCGCCAAGAGGAGACAGCUCGGUCCUGGGACAAGCUCUCGCAGCUGAUACCAACGAAUUCGGUGUACGGGAAGCAAGACCGAAAUGCAUCGCCGUCCAGCAACGGGGCCGAUGCAUCGCUGGCGCAUUCGCUGGCGGAGAGCAAUGUGAUGGACACAUCGAAAUCGAAGGAGGGAGGCGAUGGCGAGGAGGUAGAGCAGGAGGAGGAGGAGGAGGAGGAGGAGGAGGGGGUGGUGGAAAAGGAGCCUAAGCUGACGUACGACUCCGAGGAGUACGAAGAUGAAGAUAAGCGCGAAGAGGAAGAGGUCGAGGAGGAGGAGGAGGUGGUGGAAGAGGUAGAGGAGGAGAAGAAAGAUCCCUCUGAUACCACGAAUGGCGCAACGAAGAAAGAGAGAUCUCCGCCGGAAACCAGCAGCGUGUCGAAUAUCGAAGCGAUCGACAUUUCCAAGGAUGGGGAUUACCUCGAAGAUCUCCCGACAAAUAGCGACGACAAUACGUAUUAUUAUUACGACGACUACGAAAAUGGAAAUCGUUCCCGAUACGACGGUGGCGGAGACGGCGGACACCUCGACUACGUAGAUACGGAAUCUGAAGAGGAUCAGGAUAUCACUCCAGGAAAUACGUCAUCGGAAUCGGAGCACGGCGUUCUGGAGAAGAGAGAUAAAGACGCUUCGCACGAGUCGACCUCCAACUCGUCGCAAAUCGUCGAGGAGACCAAUCCGAUAUCGUCGACGGAGCUGGAGCAAGGCUCGUCCAUGGAGAGUAGUGACAAAACGUUCACUACACUCAGCGCGCCUCUCCUCGAGGAGCAGGAGGAGCCCGAGAAUGUCUCCGCCGAGGUCAGUUCCAUCCUGAUAGGCGGUGCCGUGGUGUCCGUGGUGACCACGAAGAGCGUGGUGAACGGCACGAUAGCGGUGCCGACGACAGUCUCGCCGGCCACCACGGAGCAAGUCGUGCCGCCGCCGCCGCCAUCGUCGUCGUCGUCGUCGUCAUCGCUGUCGUCCUCAUUAACCGACACAACCGAGGAGCACCCGGAAGUGACCACGGAGGACUCCGCGAGGAUCCUGGCUUCCGUGCAGACCAGUCGCAGCGUAUCGGGCGCACGCUUCCUACCGUUUCCGGUGAUAGAUCGCGUGGAGCAGGUGGAGGCGCACAGCGGGUCGCUCGACAGCAAGAAGACGUCGCAGCCACCGUCCACGGAGAGUAUCAUCGACAAGCUCGACUGGGCGCAAUCCAAGCUGUCCAGCGAUCUCCUGCCGGCGGCUAUCCUUGGUACCGGUGGCUUCCGAAGCGCCGGCAACACGCUGCAACUGGAUGUACUAGCCGAACGAGAUCGCACGACGACAACGACGACGACCCGCAGGAGCUUCACCAGCACAGCCAAGACGCCGGUCAUCAGCAAGUUCAUACCACGGCGUUACAACGACAAAAGAUUGGAUCAUAGUAGCACCAGCACAGCGAAGCCGCGAUUUGAGACUGUAGUCGAUACCCUGGAAGGUUUGCUGCCUCGAAAUUACGUGUCGAGAGGAACCACUCCAAGUGCGGUUUCCAAGACAAAUUUCAGGUUGGACAUGUUGCGUUAUUUUUUGAAAGGCUCUAAAAUGUAUAUCUGCAAGUACAACAUAUCGCACUUUAGCUAACAAGGCGAAGAUAUAGGUCCGUAUGCUGGGAUUUGGCUAAAUUUUAAAUAUAUCGUUCUACAUCCUCCCCAAUAAUAAACGGUGCAGCAACUCUUACCAAUGGACAUUAGUUUAGAAAUUAAAUUAUUUUUAAAUGAGCCACGUGUGAAAUCUAUCGAAUCGAUAACACGUUUUUUCAAUUUAGCCGCGUGGACGGGCCAGUAAGUCGAGCGACUAGAAUGCUGGAAGUCUCGAGUUCGAGAUCGGCUUUUUUCCAUUUAUUUUAUGGUAAUAUAUUUUUUGUAUAUAUAUAUUAAUGCUAUAUUAAUCCUAAACAAAUUUUUAUUUCACGAAUUUGCAUAUUAUCUGUGGAAAGGGUCAUUUUUAUUUAACAAAACAUAAUAUAAUUCACCAAGAAAAAGUUUUAUUAAUAUUAUAUGAUGUGACACAUAAUAUGUAUUCCAAAUAACGUUACUUCGGAUUGCGAAGACAUGUCUGUC